UUCACUUCGACGUCUUGAAGAAACUUCAGUAAUACUUGUUUGUUGCUAAUCGCCCAUAUUGCAGCGAUUGUUUUUCUCCACUAUUUUGUUUGAAUGUUUAUUUUUAUCAUUGUGUCGUCCCAUAUGUCGAUAGUGUAUCAUCUCUGAGUGAGAAAUCAAAGAUGACUUUAUAAUUGAUGCAAUUACGUACUAGGGUAUUUGUUAUUGCAAUAUUUAGAAUGUGGUUACUAUAACAGUUACGGAAAAAAAAUCGUGAAAACAGAGUAACAAUAACAAAGUAUGAGUGCUGGUGGGCCACAGAUAAUGAAUAACUUGCCACCUGGAGUCAAUGCAGACAACAACUUAUUACCUGGAGGACCAGUAAUCAAUCCAAACAUGAAUAGAAAUAGGAAUAAUAACCAAAAUCCCUUGUUCAAUGUGAGGGAGAGGCUGUUUCAUGCACUAUUUUUUAAAUUUGCCCUGGCCUAUGCCCGGACAUUCCCAAGACCAGUGCGGAGGUUCUUUGAGUUCCUUGUGCUAUUGAAAGCCCUUGUUGCUUUCUUUGUGCUAGCGUAUAUACAUAUAGCAUUUUCAAGAACUCCUACAACAUGCCUGAACCAUGUGAAGGAUUCUUGGCCCAGAGAUGGGAUAUUGCGAGUAGAGAUUUUAAGGAACCCAGCUCAAGACUACACUAUUGAACAGAGCUAUGCUAAAGAAAAGAAGUUGAAGAAAGACAAAGAAGAGCUAAAUUCUAUGCUUGGAAUGUUAGCAACAGAAGGCUUCAUAACAAUAGAAUCAUCAACAGAUGAUGACAUAGAUGAUGAUGAUUAUAUCCGCGACGGUACGGACUACGGUAACAUCACACGCGUUCACGAUGACGCUGAGGAGAAUACUGAGAAAAUUAUAGAAACCACUUAUAUGGAUACGGGGACUAAAGAAGAGACUGCAGAUGAUACGAAAGAUGCCACUAAAGAUGGGACGGAGGACGACAAAGAUCUUAAUGCCACUAUAGUGACUAAUGAGGAAGUGGAGUCCACUUCGUCUAUAUGGGAAGGAAUAUUGGGUCUAGUUGAAGAUAUUGAUACCAAAUUUGGGGAUAAUUCUCUUGAUGAAGCAGCGGCUAACGACUCUUCAAAAGAUGAAGACUACAUCCUCGAGUAUUCCCUGGAGUAUGGCUUCCUGCGCCUCUCUCCGAGCGCUCGCCUUCGCCUCAAGAUCCCCGUUAAGAUUGUCACGUUAGACCCCCAGCGUGACGCCUGCUUCGGGGAUCGGUUUUCACGUUUCGUGCUUGAUGAGUUCCUAGGAUAUGAUGAUCUACUCAUGGCCUCUAUCAAAACAUUGGCAGAGCAGGAAGAUAAUAAGGGGUAUUUGAGGAAUGUGAUCACUGGCGAGCAUUACCGCUUCGUGUCAAUGUUGACGGCGCGCAGCUCAUACAUAGCCGCCUUCUUUAUCAUGCUGGUUUUCACGGUCUCCAUAUCUAUGCUGUUGCGUUACGCGCAUCAUCAGAUCUUCGUGUUCAUCGUGGACCUGCUUCAGAUGUUGGAGUUCAACGUGACGGUGUCGUUCCCCGCCGCGCCGCUACUCACCGUCAUCUUAGCUCUAGUUGGAUUCGUUCGAUUUUUGAUUGCCGUGGUGCGCCUGAAGUAUUCGUCUUGGAUUUAUAUGCACACAGUUGUUGCGGGUUCAGAUCCAGGUAUGGAGGCGAUCAUGUCUGAGUUCUUCAAUGACACGACGACAGCUUUCUACAUCAUCCUCAUUGUGUGGAUAGCAGACCAGUACGACGCGAUUUGCUGUCAUACCGCCAUCGCCAAAAGACAUUGGCUCAGAUUCUUCUACCUGUACCACUUCUCGUUCUACGCGUAUCAUUACCGCUUCAACGGACAGUACAGUAGUCUGGCGCUCGUCACCUCAUGGCUGUUCAUACAGCACUCCAUGCUGUACUUCUUCCAUCACUACGAGCUCCCAGUGAUACUACAACAAGCACAGCUGCAGCAGCUGCUUAUGCGUACACACCGCGGUAUGGCUGGCGUGAUGGGACUGGCGGGCAUCGCCGCACUGGCCAGUGGCGCCGCUUACCACGACGCGCCCGGUACAGGAACACAGGCAUCACCACCAACCACUCAGUCCACCACUCAGACAGUACAAAAUACCGCUCAAUCAACCACGCAGACCUCGCCGUCUGUAUCCACUGCUCAGACCAACACCACUCAUACGGGUGACGUGGCGGUCGCUACACCUACUGACAAUAAUACUCUAGACUCCACCAACUCGGGUGGAGAUACACAAGAAAGUUCUCUUGCUGCGCGUCCUACUGACGUAGUGAGAGACUACGACAAGGAGAACUCUGUCUCUCCCGGCGGCGACGCCGGCAUCAAGAUAGAAGAGAUCGAGAGAAAAAAGGUUGAGAAGAUUAAAGUCGGCAACGGUAACUCUGUUACCAGCGAGGCUGCUCCUGCAGUCCAGCCGAGCGGCGCGAGCGUCGAGCCGCCUGGUAACGUCACCGACGUAAAGGACAAGAUUUGUACUUUAGAUCGCCGACGAAGCAAGACCGCCGGUCUCAACGACGACGACCCGCGCCUCAUCGUGCCCAGCGCCGAGGACGCUCCAGACAGACUGGCUCCCAGAGCUUCCCCUGAGGCUGACGAAUUAGACUAAACCAUUAAAUUAUUCUGAUGUCGUUUUACAAUAAUAUCUAUGUGUUAGUUCCGAUUAAUCUUAACUGCUUUUGUGAACAAGUAAAAUGUUGCUGUAAAGAUUACUGUUAAUAUAAUACCUAUGUCUAGUAGAUAAUACUGUCUCAUGAACUUAUAGAGAAUUUAUCUUCGAAUAAGAUGAAAUAAGUCACAACAACGGAUGAAUCUUUAGUAAAUAUAUUGAUCAAAAAAUAUGUUCACGACGUUCUUAUUUUUUAUAGAAAAAAAACUUAAUUUAUCAUAUGAUACGAGGUGAUUGUAGCGUAAGAAGUAUUCUGCCAUUACCGAAAGCAAAUCUGUAAAUAUUUAUGGUGUUCUAAUAUCGAUGUAUUAGAAGUUUGUGUUAUGAAUUAACGUGUUACUUUGAUUAUGCUUAGAGGUUGGCGUUGGAGGUUGGCAUACUCUAUUCAGUGAUUUAGUUUAUAGCAAUUAAAUAUUUUUGUUCAAAUAA